GACUGGGUUGAAACAUACAAGGUGCAGCUGAGUAAUGACUCGGAGACCUGGAAACCCUGCAUGAAUGGGACGGUGGAGGCGGUGAGUAAACACUGAGGACUGUGCAAAGUUGAUGUAGAAGUUACAGAAUGGAGUCGUGAAUGAUGCCUGCCCCUGUGAGCAAUAGAACAUGGGUUCGUUAACAAAGAAACUGGAGGCCAACCCUUUAGGAUGUAGAGGGAAAUGUAUCAAGAAGAUGGUUGUUGUUACAGCGUGAAAAUGUUAUUCUGGUGUGACUUGAUGUGCUGCUGAAUACUAGGAGGUCCAUAAGUCCAUUAAGGGACAGGCCAUCGGUUUCAUUUCCAAAGUGAAAUAGGUAUUGUUCUGUACAUAACGAGUAAAACAGUAACGACUAAGGCUGUGUGGUCUUUUGACCAAUCACAUUAACACCUCUACAGGGCAAAUGAUUUAACCCACAUCUGAUUGGUAGUGGUAAAAUGUGCUUGGUGGGAAAACUUUUCAAAGUAGGAAGGAGAGGCUAGGGAGAGAGGUAGAAGGAGACAGGGACCUGACGGUCAGUCAAGCCAGGCUUCGAACCACGUCGUCCUGCAGAAUGUGUGGUCUGAAAUCAUGAGACCGCUACACCGGACCCCGGCACAGCAUGAGAACGCUACACCGGACCCCAACACAGCAUGAGACCGCUACACCGGACCCCGGCACAGCAUGAGACCACUACACCGGACCCCAACACAGCAUGAGACCGCUACACCGGACCCCGGCACAGCAUGAGACCGCUACACCGGACCCCGACACAGCAUUCCUGGGCCUUCCACUAUUCUAUAUCAACUGUGGGGGCAAGGCCGCAUUUGCAAAUUGUCUGUCACCAAACCUAUGAUGAAAACGUGUUUGAUGGGUCCAGAAAUGAACCUGAGACCCCCUAUCUGGCCCUCUUCCCAGAGCCCAUGGUAGCUCGCUGGAUCCGCAUCAACCCCCAGACCUGGUACUUCAACGGGACCAUCUGUCUCAGAGCUGAGAUACUGGGCUGCCCUCUUCCAGAUCCAGACAACGUCUGGCAACACCUUUCUGAGAAACCAACUGGCUCUAAAGAUAAUCUGGACUUCAGACACCACAACUACAAGGAGAUGAGGAAGCUGAUGAAGGCUGUGACGGAAGAAUGCCCUCGCAUCACCCGUGUCUACACCAUCGGCAAGAGCUACACCGGACUGAAGCUGUACGUCAUGGAGAUCUCUGACAACCCCGGCAAACAUGAACUAGGUGAGCCAGAGUUUCGCUAUGUGGCCGGUAUGCAUGGCAACGAGGUGGUGGGCAGAGAGCUGCUGCUGAACCUCAUGCAGUACAUCUGCCGGGAGUUCCGGCGGGGCAACCCGCGCAUCGUGCGCCUGGUGACCUCCACACGCAUACACCUUCUGCCGUCCAUGAACCCCGACGGAUACGAGACGGCCUACGAGAAGGGAUCAGACCUGGCAGGCUGGGCCCUGGGGCGGUACAGCUACGAGUGGGUUGACAUGAACCACAACUUUCCUGACCUGAACAACAUCAUGUGGGACGCCAAGGAGAACGACACAGAGACGGUUAAAACAGCCAACCACUACAUCCCAAUACCAGAGUACUACACUAAAGAAGAUGCCUUCGUGACCCCGGAGACACGCGCCGUCAUCAGCUGGAUGCAGGACAUCCCCUUCGUCCUGAGUGCCAACCUCCACGGGGGCGAACUGGUGGUCACCUACCCUUUCGACUGCACCCGGGACUGGGCGCCGCAGGAGAACACCCCGACGCCGGACGACGUUUUCUUCCGCUGGCUGGCCACCGUCUAUGCCUCCACCAACCUGGUCAUGGCCAACCCUGACCGGAGGAUCUGCCACACGGAGGACUUCCAACAGCACAACAACAUCAUCAACGGGGGAGCCUGGCACACGGUCCCUGGCAGUAUGAAUGACUUCAGCUACUUGCACACAAACUGCUUCGAGGUGACGGUGGAGCUGUCCUGCGAUAAAUUCCCCCACGCCAGUGAACUGCCUACUGAGUGGGAUAACAACAAGGAGUCUUUGCUGAUCUACAUGGAGCAGGUCCACAGAGGCAUUAAGGGUGUGGUGAGGGACAAGCUGACAAAGAAGGGCAUCGCAGAUGCCAUCAUCAAAGUAGAAGACCUGGACCACGACAUCCGAUCAGCGGCGGAUGGGGACUACUGGCGUUUGCUAAACCCGGGGGAUUUCAAAGUGACGGCGUUGGCGCAGGGAUACCUCCCGUCCGUGAGGCAGUGCAGGGUCGGGACUGAAGCACAAGCCACCAUCUGCGACUUCGCCCUGAUCAAGACACCUCAGCAGACGAUUAGGGAAAUCCUAGCCAAAGGAGGGAAACUGCCCCAGGACCUGCAGCUGAAGCUCCGGGCUCUGCGGCUCCGCAAGCUCAGGGCCUCCACCAAGGCCAUCAACCAGCGUAGGGAGCAGGGCCGGAAGGCCAGGGGGAGGCGCUCCACCGGAAGGAGGCGAUCGGCUUGGGCGCCACGCCCUCUCACACCUCUUGCCUGAGAGACUGAGGAGGGACUGAGGUGCAGUCUCAAAUGACAACCUGUUACCCCAUAGGGCCCCUGUCAAAUGUAGUGAGCUAUGUAGGUAACAGAGUGCGAUUUGGGAUGCAGACUAAGGCUUGGACUCGACUGUGUACUUCAGGUGGACCAUUUCCCAGUCGGCGACUUUGAACAGACUGAUAUCAGGCGAACAAGAUGAGAUUUGAAGAGUGUUUCUCUAGAAAGUCAGCCAUGUGGUCCAUCUGACAGACACACAGAACCUUAAACACUGCAGUCUCUGUAUUCCCAGUGAAUGUGUAGCCCAGUGGCAGAUCUCUUUGUGCAGUUUAGCAAUUACAAUUGGACAAUAGCUGUCAGCAAGACAGCAACAAUGUAUCUGGGCACCAGGCUAGUGAAUGUCCAGUUGUUUAUGGCUCCUAUCAUCCAGCUUCUCUGUGUGGUCAAGUUAAAUGUUUCAUGUGGCCACUACAGUAUCAGCUGGCCUGGUACUGUCUUGUUUUAUAACCAUGUGUAUCAUUAUGCAUUUGACGGUUUCAUUAAAGGACCGCUUGGGAGUUCGAUCAAGUAGGGAUUUGAUCACAGUA